AUGUAUGAUCAUCUACCACUCGUAUGUUUUAUAGUUUGUGAUAGUGGACCAGCAACACAUUUUGCAGAAUUUGCUAAAAAUCUUCUUGCUAUAGGUAACUUACGUAUCGAUAUCUAUGCAAGUGAAUUAGCUUUAGGAAAAUUUCAACAUUUAUUAUUACUUGAUGGUAUGCGUCUGAUUAGUUUUAUGUUAGAUGGACUUAAAAGUGAAGAAAAACAAACUUUAGCUGUAGAUUUAAUCAAUAAUUGUGUUACACAAGGUGCUCAAACAAUUAUUGUUGACAUUGCAAAUAAGUUCAAUAUGAAACUGCAAACAGCUUUUAAUAAACUUGAAAUUUCAUCAUGUAAUAUACGUUUUUGGUGUUAUUAUGAUAAUUCAGAAGAAUAUGUACCUGGUGGAUAUUCAAUAAGAUCAGGAGAGAUGAUUAAAUUAUCUCAAAAUAUUUUAUUUGCAAAUAUGAAUUUACUUAAAAGUGAUUCAAAGAUAUUUUCUUUGCCAGAUGUUCAAAUUAACCUUAAUAAUAAAAAUCUUCAAGGUAUUGGUUAUUAUCCAAUAGAAAUAGCUGAAAAAUUAUAUCAACAACGUGAAUUAGAACAAAAUAAAUUACGAGAAAAAUAUGGUUGGAAUAAUAUUAAAUAUUUAUUUGUUUAUUUUGGUGGACAUAAUCAAGUUUAUUAUGAACAAGCAUUUCCAACAUUUCUUACUUUUCUUUCAUGUAUGGAUAAAAAAUUAUGUAAAGAUAUUCUUUUUAUUAUUCAUCAACAUCCAGCAGCAAAAACAGAAAAUCAAGAUGGUCUUUUAUUUCUAAAAUGGUUACUAACAAAUCGUUCUAUUCAAAUAGUUUUAUCUUCAAUGACUAGUGAUGAAGCACAAAUUAUUGCUGAUGGUAUUCUUUAUUAUCAAACAAGUAUGGCACCACAAUUUGCAUUAAUAGGUUUACCUAUAAUGCAAAUAUCGAAUAAAAUCUAUGAAGAUAUUUUAGUGAAAUAUAAUUUAUACUUCUUAGGUGAAAAUAUUCGUAAUAAUAUUAUAUUUUGUUUUACCAAUACUCGAGCAACAUUUUUUACUCCAGGUAAUACAGCUCCUUUACUUAAAGAAACACUUGCUAAUCUUCCUAUAAAACAUAUUCCAUUUAAUAAGUCAAAUACAUUUUGUUUUGAUAAUGAAUCAUUUCGAUAUUUAAUUGCAAUUCAAAAUGGAAUCAAUUUUGAUGAUUUUCAAAAAGAAGAAUAUCAAGAAAGUUGGAUAAAUUCAGUAACUGAAUCAAAUCGUCUUCUUACUCAUAUUUGUGGUCCAUUAAAAACUUAUCCAUACAUUGAAUGGAAAUCAAUAAAUCAUGCACAAUUUCAAAUCAAUCAGAUCAGCCGUCCAAUAUUAGAAACAAUUCGAAAUCUUUUUCGUAAUCUUAUAUUGUAUGAAGAAAAGUCAUCGACACUAUUCAUAAGACUUUAUCCAAUUGUUGUGUUGCAUUCUUCAACAAUGUGUACGAAAUGCAAACGUAUGAUGAAGAAUUACAAUGAAUUUUGGAUUUAUCUAGAUGAUCCACAUACAUUUUCAGACAAAUGUUUGAAUUGUAGAUGUAGCCGAAGGAGACAUAUUGAUGUUAGAUAUAAACUUGAUUAUGAACUUUCAGAUAAUGCAAAUAGACAAUUUAUUGAUGAAAUGAAGUCGACAUUAUAUCAAGUCAAACAAACAAUCUUAGAAUUUCGAGACUUUUUUGUUGCUACAAGUCGAACAUCGAAAACAAAUGAUCCAUUUUUAUCUUUAUUAAAUCAAAUGAUUGAAGAAGAAAAUCAAAUUUGUGAGUUAAAAACUAAUAAUAGUCUUAAUUUGAUAUUAUAUAAAAAUCUCAAUCAAUUUAAAGAAGAAUAUGAACAAAUACAAAAUGUAUCAAUACCAAAUAAAAAUUCAAUCAAUCUGAAUAAAAUUUAUAAAUUAAUCCAACAAAUAAGUAGAAUUGAUAUAAUUGAAAAACAAAUAGAUGUUAUCAAACAAUAUCAUCAGACAUAUAUGAAUGAACAAGAAAAAGAAGUAUCAUAA